AUGGCAGAACAUUCGAUGGCGGCGGCGACAGCGGCGGCUGAAGUUUCUUCGUCGCCCGUAAGAGCCCUGCGAGAUUCAUUUGGCGACACGAGACCUCCCGACAUCAGUCGCAAGAUUACGGCAUGUGUCUCGUGUCGAAAGCAAAAGAUCAAAUGUCACAUGUCCGCAUCUGGACCACCAUGUUCGCGGUGUCAAAAGAGGGGACUAUCGUGCACAGUCAAUCGUAGCUUGCAAAUGCUCCUGGAGAAUGAUACAUUAUGGAAGGACUCUAUGGAGAAGAAAUUCCAGACUCUCCAGGAUGCCGUCGAGAAGAUCACAGCUCACAUACAUCUUCCGAGAACCAGCUCACCGCAUCAGACGGCUUCGCAACAGGAAUCACGUGGCCAUGACCUCCAAGAGGCAUCUACACAUCGGUCUGUUCAACAUAGCCCUGGCCAACAGGGAAAUUCUUGGGACAUCAUUCUCGACCCGCAUAGGGGUGUGGGAGAUGCUCCCGGGUCCUGUAUCGGUCCUUCGACAAAUAUCCCCCAAUUCACUCACCAGCAGAAUCUGGACAUUGUCACAAAAGGAGUCGUCGAAGCUGGAAAUGCCGAGAUAUACUUCAACAAAUAUCGUAAUCGUCUGGAUCACUUUGUCUACUCAUUACUCGGUGAUCAAGGCAAUGAAUCAUUCGAUGCUCUCGGCCACAGAUGUCCUCUUUUGGCUGCCGCUGUCUGUACAGUGGGCGCUUUACAUUCCGGGUCACGGAAUACCGAUUAUGAAAGCUGCCGAAAGGAGUUGAUUGGCUUGAGUGAAAACAUGAGCCUUAUCUGA